AGCAACUGAACUUCCUCCUCCCCUCUCGAAAAGAGUUCUUGAACCAUGGUGGCCCGCGAUGUGGCAUCGUAGAUCCGGAGCCCGGGAUGCUUCAACGACUCCAGAUGACCAAUUGCGAAAUCUGUCGUGAGCCCUUCGAUCAUGAGUCACGACGGCCCAAACUCAUCGUGGGUCACUCUCAAUGCGUGGGUCACGUCUUCUGUAUGGAGUCGCUCUGGGACUGGUUCUCCAAUUGCGGAAAUAGAUUCGGGGUCCCGAGAACGACCAAUGGAGUUACAGCCACGAGCAGAGAGAGGACCUUCGAGAUCAAUGGUGGCAUCUGGAAAUGAUAACGAAGGGUGCGCCGGGGAGCUUCAAGAAGAUUUCGAUCGAAAACGGUACUAUCUAUGCCAUCGAUGGGGAGCUCACCAGUCCGGUCAAAGAGGACUACAUCAGGGCGCUUUGGGAUGUAACGUGGCGAGAGCACCCGCAUCUUUCCAAUCUGGCAUCAUCUUCCGAGAGACAGGAGCGCCAAGAUUGGGUUAACGACAUGAGAAGCCAACUCCCUUGGAUGGGUGAGAGUGAGGAAUGCCCACCGGAGGUACGGUUGGAUAUUGCUAAGAUCGGGUCUCGUAUGCAGGGGGAGCAGGAGGCAAUGGUUCAAUCUGAAGUCCCGUCGCUCGUGCAGAAACCUCAACUCCCACACUCUUCCUUGAAAGGGUACGUUCGGAAACUGGAGGAAACGAUCGAACGUAAACGACGUAGAGCUUCGGUUGACGGUCCGGCAUCGAACGGAUAGACGCGCGGUUGUAAUUCACGGUUCCUUGAAAAAUGGGGAUAGCUCGGAGCAGUAGCUAGUAUGUGUUUAAAGGGAAAUACUCUCAUCCCGAUUCGUAUGGUG